AUGUCUUCCGAUCAAGAAAGGGAGCACGCGCUCCAAGCCCUCCGGGCCAAGCUUAUCGAAUCGCGAGAGUGGGAGGCGAAGCUCAAGGCACUACGCGUGGACAUCAGAGGGUUGGAGAAGGAGUUCAACCUCACCGAGGAUAACAUCAAAGCGCUGCAGAGUGUCGGUCAGAUCAUCGGUGAAGUGCUCAAACAGCUUGACGAAGAGAGAUUCAUCGUCAAGGCCUCUUCCGGACCUAGAUAUGUCGUCGGCUGCAGAUCAAAGGUCGACCGAGCGAAGCUGAAGCAAGGUACCCGUGUCGCGCUGGAUAUGACGACUCUCACCAUUAUGCGGAUGCUGCCGCGAGAAGUCGACCCGCUCGUCUACAACAUGUCGCUGGAGGACCCCGGCCAGGUCAGCUUUGCGGGUAUCGGUGGAUUGAACGACCAGAUCCGCGAGCUUCGGGAGGUCAUCGAGCUGCCGCUGAAGAACCCCGAGCUCUUCCUCAGAGUGGGCAUCAAGCCGCCCAAGGGUGUACUGCUGUACGGGCCUCCGGGAACAGGCAAGACGCUGCUGGCACGGGCGGUCGCGAGCAGUCUGGAGACGAAUUUCUUGAAGGUUGUUUCCUCCGCCAUCGUCGACAAGUACAUCGGUGAAUCUGCCCGUCUAAUAAGAGAAAUGUUCGGCUACGCCAAGGAGCACGAACCCUGCAUCAUCUUCAUGGACGAGAUCGAUGCGAUCGGUGGACGACGCUUCUCGGAAGGAACUAGUGCGGACAGAGAGAUUCAACGAACGCUGAUGGAGCUGCUGAACCAGCUGGACGGUUUCGACUACCUCGGAAAGACCAAGAUUAUCAUGGCUACAAACAGACCCGAUACUCUCGACCCGGCGCUGCUACGUGCCGGCCGACUCGAUCGCAAGAUCGAAAUCCCUCUACCGAACGAGGUUGGUCGGUUGGAGAUCCUGAAGAUUCAUGCUCAAAGUGUUAUCACGGAAGGCGAUAUCGACUACGAGAGUGUAGUCAAGAUGAGCGAUGGCCUCAACGGUGCGGACUUGCGAAACGUGGUUACAGAGGCCGGUCUGUUUGCGAUCAAGGCUUAUCGGGAUGCUGUCAACCAAGACGACUUCAACAAGGCGGUUCGGAAGUUGGCGGAGUCGAAGAAGCUGGAAGGCAAGCUGGAGUACCAGAAGCUAUAA